GAGGGAUGAGUUGAGCGCCAAUUGAUCUCAAAGUGAUUGAGACAUACCUUCACUGUUAUCUCAAUCACUUCCCAUACCCUCCACUCCUACCAUCCAUUUAAUCGUCUUUUAAACCAUAUUUUGAUUGUUUUUAAUAUUUAUUUUAUACGAAAAUUGUUUGUUUUGGUCGUAUCUGUGGACCAAACCAUUGCAACCACAGCCACAACACUGGUGUCCAUCCGGUUGUGGCGUUGACCUCAUUGUCUGAAACCUGGUUUUGAGUCCAAAGUCCACUCACUCGCAGACCAAUGGAUAUACUGCUGAACGAGAGAUCAGUUUUCGGUGAUCUGAACGCCAUUAAUGAGUUGGAGUUAUUGGGAAACUUCGACCGGACGAUAAUCACCCCAAACAGCGCUAAUAUACUGAACAUAUUGUCCGAGUCUUCGGCGCUAAACCCGGAGGAAGAGGUGAUCCGUAAGAGAGGCCGCAAAAAGACGCCAAAGAUAUCUCAGUUGCCGUUACGGCGAUCGCCGCGAAAGUCGGCCACAAUUGGCGACCACUCGCGGUCUGCCAUCGAGUCGUCGCCCGCGAGACCACAAUCAGACGCAUCGCACGAAUACUUCCUGAGGACGCCGUCCAAGAGGUCGCCCACGAAGUCGAUGAACCGAACGCCCGGCAAAACGCCGUCGAAGUCAUCGGCGGCCACGCCGUCGACACCGCGAAGAAUAUCUCCCCGAAAGCGACUCCAAUUGGACGGCAACGACAGCGGGUUAGGGCUGACGCCCAGUCCCGGCCUCUCCAGCGGACACGAGUCGACGCCAAACGUGGCGAACGGUUCCCAUAAGACGCCCGCGAAGGCCAAGUCGCCGAAGAGCCUGAUUAUGACCAGAAGAAGGCGUCGCCGAUAUUUUUAA